UUCAAUCUACAUGUGCCUCAAUAUUACAUGUUUCUUUCUCUAUUUAUACCAAAAGAAGUUGAAAGAAAUGAAUUGCGAACCUUCGCCAUGCACAACUUUACCCUACUGCCCAGAUCCACACUUGCAAAGGUUUGUGGAUACAUCUGCUCACUUUUCAUGUAAAGAAGGAUAUUAUCGUGCAGCCAUGUCCCAGGAUUCAGACAUCCGAAACACUGACGUAUUUGAUCGUCUAUGGGAAUUUCUAGGCCCAAUGCAUUCUGUCCAGCCAAAAGACUUGAAUUUUACCAGCGAUCCGACAGAAAAAGUUUCUACAAACAAGAUAGAGAUUAGCAUGGACUGUAUCAGGAUGCAGGACUGUGAUCUUAGUGAUCCUAUGUGGGUCAACAUUGGUUUUGUACUGAUUUGCUGUAUGAAACAACGAUCCUUAUUGUGUCCAAGCGACAUCCAAGUCCUGACUGAACUCGAAAAUAACCAGAAACCCAAACGAAACCAAUGGAAGUGUCCUCAGUGGAGCGCUGAACUUGAGGAGACUCCUAACAGUGAAACCAGGACCAAGAAGCAAACAAAGUCCUCAGCCAAUUAA